CUCAUAUUGAUUACGUUCCUGGCACCCGUCGCUACUACCGAUUGAAGGGCUUAGUAAGGCCCUCUGAUCAACAGAUGGAAACCCUGUCUGUUGAACAGUUGGUCAAACUUGGUCAUUUAGAGGAAGUAAAA